CCGCUCUCCUUCAUCACUCUCUCUGGUCUCUUUGAUGUUUCCAGUCGUCAGUUUCCUCCUUCAGAACCGCGCCGCAGUCCGGUUCUUCCUCCGGUGUGAACGCGUUUAAUCCGGUUCAGAGCGCGACCCGGAACCAGCAGCGACACCCAGAGUUACAAACUAACUUUAAAAUCACUCAAAGCUGGUUAUUUAUCGCCACGUUCGUGCCCGUACCUGACAGACCGAGACACCUGUCGCUGCUCACCUGUCGUCGCCAUGUUCGCGCGACAGUAAUGGCAGCAGAGCGCGAGACUCACCGCGAGGAAACACGAGAGGAUCUGCGGGGAAGACGGAAUAUUAAAUAAAACAAAAUAAAAAAGGGACAAACAAAACUUUUAAGGAACAUGGAUUUAAUGGAUUCAGGAGAGAAGUUCAACCCGAGACAGGACUGGGACACCACCGUUCAGUUCCUGCCGGCUUCAGACUCCAAGCAUCUGGAGAAGACACCGGGCCGCAGGAGGAAGCUGUGGAUCGGCGUCGGCCUCGUGCUGUCGGCUGCUGCUGUGGCUCUGGUGACCGGACUGCUGGUCUGGCACUUUCAGCUACGCAGCGACGUCAGAGUGAAUAAGGUUUACAUCGGCUCCAUGGGGAUCAACAACCAGCGCUUCCUGCCUGCGUAUGAAGAUCACAGAAACCCUCAGUUCACUCACCUGGCCGGUCUGGUCAGCAAGCAGCUGAAACUGAUUUACUCCCAAAACUCAGUGCUGGCCAAACACUUCAAAGGCUCCACAGUGCAGGCCUUCAGUGAGGGAGACGGCGGGGACAGCGUGGUGGCGUAUUACCAGUCGGAGUUUGACGUCCACGUCCUUCAGCAGGAGACUCUGGACAAAGCCAUCGAGUCUCUGGACCCGGCGGCUCAGCAGGGCCGACAGGGCCGAUUUCUGAAACGUGUCGACGCGCUCAACGUCAACAACGUCGUCUCACGAGCUAUCGACCCGCGCAUGACGAAGAAAAGUUUAGUUGAGAGAAAGUCGUUCAACAUCCACGUCAGCGAGGCGGGAGUCGUCCAGUCUCCGGGGUUUCCAGACUCUUCGUACCCUCCCAACGUCUACCUGCAGUGGAGGCUGAGGGCCGACCCCGGACACCGAGUGCGACUGGACUUCCACACUCUAAUCCUGGAGGACGACUGCGAGCAAGACUUCAUCCAAAUCUACGACUCCCUCGCUCCCAUCGCGCCCCGAGUCCUGACGGAACAGUGUGGAUACCCUCACGACUCGCUGUCCUUCCUGUCCUCUGGAAACGUCCUGCUGCUGACUCUGAUCACCAACGAAGAGAAGAACUUCCCCGGCUUCAGAGCCAACUACUCGCAGAUCCCUCUCACUGAGCAAAAGUGUGGCGGUGAACUGACGCUUGAGAAAGGCUCCUUCUCUUCACCGUUCUUCCCCUCCAACUAUCCUCCAAAAACCACGUGUGUGUGGACCAUCGAGGCGCCAAAGGAAAAGUUUCUGAAGGUUCAGUUCAACAAGUUCCUGUUGGGGAAGUACAGCAGCCAGUGUCUCAACGACUACGUUGACAUCAACGGUCAAAGAUUGUGUGGCAAUAAACUAAAAAGCAACGUAGUCAUCAGCCGGAGCAACAAGAUGACCAUCAAGUUUAACUCGGACUCGUCCCACGUUGACCAGGGUUUCACUGCCGAGUACGAAGCCUACGUCCCGACGAAUCCUUGUCCAGGGAGGUUCCAGUGCACCAACAACCUUUGCAUCAACCAGACGCUGCAGUGCGACGGCUGGAACGACUGCGGAGACAGCAGCGACGAGGACAACUGCAAGUGCGAGGCGUCUCAGAUGAAGUGUAAAAACGGGCGCUGCAAACCGAAGUUCUGGGAGUGCGAUGGGUUCGACGACUGUGGAGACAAAACUGAUGAGGAGAACUGUCUAAAAUGUAAACCAGGAGAGUUUUCCUGCAGAAACAACCGAUGCAUCCCGGAGAAGUUCAAGUGUAACGGAAAAGACGACUGUUCGGACGGAUCGGAUGAGUCUGCGUGUGAAAAAUCUCUGGUGCUGCAGACGUGUUCAGAGUUCACCUUCAGCUGCAGGAGCGGAGACUGCAUCAGUAAACUGAACCCAGAGUGUGACGGAGAGAAGGACUGCGAGGAUGGCUCUGAUGAGGACGGCUGCCAGUGCGGGACGAAGCCGUACCGGAGCUCUCGUAUUGUGGGCGGUGAGGCGUCGCGGAAGGGGGAGUGGCCCUGGCAGGUCAGCCUCCACAUCAGGGGAACGGGUCACGUGUGCGGAGCGUCGGUGUUGAGCAACCGCUGGCUGCUGACCGCCGCUCACUGCGUCCAGGACAACGGGCCAAACAAGUACUCUCAGGCGGACCAAUGGGAGGUGUUGCUGGGUCUGCAUAUGCAGAGUCAGACCAACGAGUGGACGGUGCGGAGGAACCUGAGGCGGAUCAUCGCUCACGAGGACUACAACGCCUUCACCUACGACAACGACGUCGCUCUGAUGGAGCUGGACUCCAACGUCACCCUCAACCAGGACAUCUGGCCCAUCUGCCUGCCCUCCCCCACUUACGACUUCCCAGCAGGCCAAGAGGCGUGGAUCACCGGCUGGGGCGCCACUAGAGAGGGAGGCCUCGGUGCGAACAUCCUACAGAAGGCGGAGGUCCGGAUCAUCAACAGCACGGUGUGUAAGAGUCUGAUGGAGGAGCAAGUCACCGACAAGAUGCUGUGCGCCGGCGUCCUCAAAGGAGGCGUGGACGCCUGUCAGGGCGACUCCGGCGGACCGCUGUCUGUCACCGGCCCCAGUGGGCGGGUCUUCCUGGCUGGCGUGGUGAGCUGGGGCGACGGCUGCGCUCGCAGGAACAAACCCGGCGUCUACGCCCGAGUCACCAAAUACCGCCGCUGGAUAAAGGAGAACACAGGAGUGUAGCGGCGGACGGGUUCUCUGCACGACGGGUAUUUCUCAUGGAUUUUUUGACUGGAGCCGAAUGUGACUUUGUAUUGAUAUUCACAGCAGAAUCUGUGAAUUAGACAUUUAUUUUAAAGUCUUUUUAAGUUUAUAAAUCAUGUAUGAAUCAACAAAGCAGAAGCUGAGAGAUGCUUGCUCUUUCUUUAUGUAAAUGAAACUGAGGUCCAUGUACACACGGGGGGGGGGAAUUCUCAAAAAACAUCCCAUCUACAUAAGCACUUUUAAAAAAGUAUAAAAUUAAUUGAAGCACUGUUAGCGGUCAGGUUCACACACACACACACACACACACACACACACACGGGGGUCUCGAUGGAUGCAGGAAUGUUUUGGCGACGUACACCAUGGCACAGUAUUGCAGUAAAAGCUUUGUUUCUGAGCUCACAACUCGAUUAAAGAUUAUUUAUCAAAUAUGAAUAAAGUCGCAAAAUAUAACCCUCUGAACGUGGUACCAAAAUAAUCAAAUAUAGAAAUAACAAAACUGUGCAGUGAUUGUUAUUAUGAGCAUUAUUUAGUUGAGAACAUAAAAGAAGAAUAUAAAGGCUUUACACUGAAAUGAUAAAGUUGUGAUCUUUAGAUAACGGUUGAAAUGAUCAGCUGCUCUCUGCAGCAAAGAGAAAAACAUCGUUCAUGUUGGAAGCAGGAAAUAUAUUCUCAUGUACAUGCUUUGCUAUGAAUUAGUUUAUAGGAGAACAUUUUGAUAUUUGUUAUUGAACGCUUUGGAAGUACAAAUUCGAGUUACUUUUUUUUACUUUUACUUUGUUACAUCUCAGGGGUAAAUCGUAUCUGACAGCUUCACUUCCUCGUCACAGUUUUCCUCCUUCCUGUCAGUUCAACAUGUUUCUCCAGAUGUUUGUGAUGAAGUUUCCUCCAUGAGAAGAUUCUUCUUCAGAUAAAUAAAGUCUUUAAAAAGCCUCUUGGAUCAGAAUGAACAAGUAACACACACAUUAAUGCAACAGUAAUAUUAAUCCAGAAACUGCAUAUAUAUAAUAGUGAAACACUUUACUAUUAAAAAGCAUGUUUUUCCAUGUUUUUUCUAACUUGUAUUAUCACAAACUAAAUGUAUAUAUGUUUCUUAUCUUAUUGUACAACCUACUUUAUUGUGAGAGAUGAAAGUAGAAUAUAUUUUAUAUUUUAUUAUUAUAUUUUAUUGUAGAAUUUGUGAUAAUUACACCAAUAGAUUUAGAUGAUUUGCCACUAAUUACCAUGUUGUCAUCUGGAAUUAUAAUUAUAUUGCAUUUCUGUGUUUCCUAUAAUACAAAGACAAAGUAUUGAUGCUCGAUUAAUUCCCUUCUUGGUCAUGAUCUAUCUAACUGUCAACAAGAAGCACUUUUGCAGGUGUGAAGUUGUUUCUGUCACUAGACUUAUCCCCACCAGGUUCCUCACCAGCAGAAACCCUGGAAAACUUUUUUUAAAACAACCAAAGAAAUGGUCAGGUUUCAUGAAACGUUCAUGAAGGAGCUCCUCAGGGAACCGUCCUGGGUCCUCUGGGGAUUACCACAACACAAGCUAAAUACCAGAGUUAAUCCAUCUUUUCUUUACCACGUCAUCAAUAUUCAAUAGAAGAUGAGCUACAGCAUGUUUGAAUGAACACCUAAAGGUUCCUGAAAGGUGUCUUGCACAGCAGGGUGCUCUGCAACAGGUGCUUUAUGGUACAAAACAGGACGAGGGCGCUGCUUUUUCAAAGCAAACGGAACAAAAACUUUUAAAGUUGCAAAAAAGUGCUUUAAACCAUUUUCAAUAAAUUGAAUAAAUGUUGGAUUGAACCUGGUUGUUACUCAAUAUUCAGUAGUUCGUCAUGGGGACUAGUUUUAGAACUCAAAUAUGAUUUCCUUAAAAAACUUUUUGUAUUUUUUUUUUGUGUACUUGUACAAUUUAUCCUUCUGUGAUAAAUGUUUUCCACAGAUGUUAACAGUUCUUUGUGUUUGAGUCUGUGCAGUAGAUCCUUAAAUCAGCUGAUUUUGUUACAUUUCUGCUUUUAAUAUUCAUGUUUUGCAUUUUCUGCUGAAUUUAUUUAUUUGUACAGUGUUUCCGUCUUUGCUUUUAUCCUACUGUAGUUGUACUUUUAGUUUGGGUUGCAGGAUUAUUACCAACUUUAAAGAUAUAGUAAUACAAUUCAAAGGAUGACGCUUUAGUUGCAAUGUGAAAUGUUCAAAUUAAUUAUGUUUUUUUAUUUUCCACAGUGGUGAAAAAAAUAAAAUGAAACUAAUGUUUCCAGUAGUUGUGGGCUGUAGGAAUGAUGAGUUGUAAUUUAGUUUUGUAGCAUGAGUAAGAAUUUAUUUGUAAGAUUAAACAUACACAGGGUGUAAGAAAUCACUAUUUUAUACAGGAAGAGAAUGUACAAGGUUUUUGGUAUUUGAUGGAAUUUAAUUUGGGGGGAUCAACUGCCAAAUCAAAGCAAUAAAACAUUUAUAAACAAAACGUAAACAUUUAUACAAAGUGGCUCGUUU